AUGCAGGGCCGCACCAGAGUGGCCGCUGCCCUCGCGGCAACGGCGCUGCUGGCGCGCGGGCCGGCGCGCGCGGCGGCGGAGCCGACGCAGGUGGAGGUCUCGGGGCGCCGGCUCCUGGUGGGUGGCGCCCCCUUCCACAUCAAGGGCGUAUGCUGGAACCCAGUGCCGAGUGGUGGCACCCAUCCGGCGGACCUCGACUUCGCGGGCUUCGCGGCCACGGACGCGGAGCUGAUGGCCAUCGCAGGCAUCAACGUCGUGCGGACGUACGAGGCCAUCAACGACACCCGCGUGCUCGACGAGCUGUGGCGGCACAAGAUCUACGUCCUGAACACGGUGUACGUCUCGGGUGAAUAUCCAGUGGAGAGUGCCCUUAGCACGGUUGAGAUGGUGAAGGACCACCCGGCCAUCCUGAUGUGGGUCGUCGGGAACGAGUGGAACUACAACGGCCUCUACACGGGCCUGCCGUUCGAGGAGUCUCGGGAUAAAGUCAGAGACGCCGUGCAGUGCAUCAAGGACGCAGACCCGGGCCACCCCGUUGCCACGGUGCACGGCGAGAUGCCCAGCAGCGAGACGGUGGCAGCCCUGGGCAACGUCGACGUCUGGGGCAUCAACAAAUACGACGGCGACAGCUUCGGCGACCUGUUCCAGUCCUGGGCCGAGAUGUCGGGGCUCCCGAUGUUCCUCGGGGAGUACGGCGCAGACGCGUACAAUUCCGACGAGGACAAGGAGGACGAGCAGGCACAGGCGGACGCCACGACCCGGCUGACGAACGAGAUCGUCGAGGCGAGCUCCGUGGACAAGGACGGCGUCUGCAUUGGCGGCGUGAUCUUCGAGCUCGCCGACGAGUGGUGGAAGGACGGCACCGGCAAGCCAGGCGAGCACGACAUCGGCGGCGUCUCGCCCGGCGGCGGGCCCUACCCAGACCGGACGUUCAACGAGGAGUGGUGGGGCCUGCUGCACCACGAUGGCACCGCCAGGAAGGCUUUCAAGGCCUACGCCUCCAUCAAGGUCCCCGGCGGGGCGGACCUCGACCUCGCGAAGGCGGACGGCGUCGUGGACGCCUCGCCGCCGCCGCGCGAGAAGGCGUGCGGGGCGCACAGGGCCUGCAGAGGCGCGCCCGUCCCCGGCGGGGCGGACCUCGACCUCGCGAAGGCGGAGGAGCGCGAGAAGCACAGGGCCUGCAGAUCUGCGCAGAAGGCCCACACGCGGAUGAAAAACAACCCGCCGAACAGGAAGCAGGAGAGCGACACGGGGAAGCCAGUGACGGGGAGGACGUAG